UUGAUCCAGGCAAUACAAGCCACUUAGGGAACAAGACUAAAGAAGAAGGCAAAAGAAGGAGACAUAGCAAGAGGCCUAGAAAUAUGGGUCACCAUUCUUGCUGCAACCAACAGAAGGUUAAGAGAGGCCUUUGGUCCCCUGAGGAAGAUGAGAAACUCAUCAGAUACAUUACUACUCAUGGCUAUGGUUGUUGGAGUGAAGUUCCAGAGAAAGCUGGGCUUCAAAGAUGUGGCAAGAGUUGUCGCUUGAGAUGGAUUAAUUAUUUGAGGCCUGAUAUUAGAAGAGGCAGAUUUACACCUGAGGAGGAGAAGUUAAUUAUAAGCCUUCACGGGGUCGUAGGCAACAGAUGGGCACACAUUGCAAGCCACUUGCCUGGUAGAACUGACAAUGAAAUAAAGAACUAUUGGAACUCAUGGAUUAAAAAGAAAAUAAGAAAGCCUUCGGUGUCUUCAACCACCAAUAUAGCACAAAGGAUCGAUCACAAUUCCCAGUUCAAUUAUAAUUCCAAUAUCCUAGAUCACUUUGCCAACCAAGAUAAUCUAACAGCAAAGCCACCAGUUCAAGAAACCUCAUUUUCUUCCACAUGUCCUGUGUUCAUGUUUGAUACUAGUUCACUACUAGGGACAGCAACAGACGCCAAUAGUACUGUAAGAGCUGAACACUUCCAAGAAGCUAUGGGUUUUAGCUCUGAAACAUGGAACUUGAACCACCAUCAAGUUCAAGCACUUCCCCCUCUUACAGUCACUGUAGGCUUGGACACCACAAAUUAUUUGCCACCAUUGAUAGAAAACGUGGAAAACAUGGUCCCAAUUGAGGUACAAUCUUGUAGUAUGGAUGAGCAAGGAGAUAUAGCACUAGAGUGCUUGCAGAGGCAAGAGUUAAAUGAAUGGGUAGAAACGCAGCAACAAUGUCCAAACUUUGUUUUCUGGGACAGUGUUGAAGGACAGCUUGGUGGGGAAGAACUAGCACCAAAUUCAUCAAAUGUGGAAGCAAAUACACUUUCACCUUUUCCUUCAUCUUUCCCCCAUCGCCUUCGCUUCCCCGUCGAAACCAUGAUCAUUCCGGAGAAAAACCGUAAAGAGAUCUGCAAAUACCUCUUUCAAGAGGGAGUUUGCUAUGCGAAGAAGGACUUCAAUUUGGCGAAGCACCCGGAGAUUGACGUGCCGAAUCUGCAAGUGAUUAAGCUCAUGCAGAGCUUCAAGUCGAGGGAGUACGUGAGGGAAACCUUUGCUUGGAUGCACUAUUACUGGUUCCUCACCAACGACGGCAUUGAGUUUCUGAGAACUUACCUUAAUCUUCCUUCCGAAAUUGUCCCUGCUACUUUGAAGAAACAAGCUAAGCCACCUGGCAGGCCUUUUGGUGGCCCACCCGGUGAUCGCCCUAGGGGACCGCCGCGUUUUGAAGGGGAACGAAGAUUCGGUGACCGUGAUGGAUACCGUGGAGGUCCUCGAGGACCGGGUGGUGAUUUUGGAGGUGACAAGGGAGGAGCUCCUGCUGAUUAUAGGCCCUCUUUUGGGGGUCCUGGCGGAAGGCCUGGCUUUGGUCGGGGAUCUGGUGGUUUUGGGGCGCCAACCAGCUCAAAUAUUCCCUAAGUAUAAUGUUUUAUGCUUUAGAUUUUGUUUAGUUUUCUAGAAAAAUGCGCCUGUAGUUGGAGUCAAUUAUAUGUUUCCCUCUGCUAUAAAUUGUUUUAUGGGCAUGACACUUUACUUUAAAUUCAGUUUUUCAUUCGAUGAA